GCCUUGCGACUCCGUGUGGGCCCCCAAUAUGCUUGCUUGUGUGUGUGUGGAAAUUAGCUUUUUUCGGAGUCAACAAUAAAAUUUUCAUUCAGCUUUGGGACGCAUUCAGCAGCAGAAGUGGCAGUGGCAGCAACAGCAGCAACCGAAGCAGCAGGAGCGCAGGACUUAAGCUCAAAACCUCAAAAAAACCUCGACCUCGGCAACAGGAGCAACAGCAACAGAGCAUCAGAGGAUAGAGAAAAUCCAGUGGGCAGUGGGCGCAAAAGAAUGCGAAGUCGCACCGAGCUGGUGACCACCACAUUUGUGGAGAGCGACGAAGAGGAGGACUACAGUCCGGACGACGAUUCCGAUUCGGAGGAGGACUGGCGUCCCACCAAGAAGCGGCCACCAAAGCAGCCGCGCAUCGGCCUUGCCGUUGCUGGCGGUUCAAGUGGUGCAGCAGGUGCUGGCGCUGGCGCUGGCGGAGCAGGUGGCAGUGAGGGCAGCCGCAAGCGAAAGGCAGCUGGAACAGCCUCGAAGGCCAAGCGUCGCCACUCGAAGUUGGACAGCGAUGACGACUCCGACGAGAACGACGAUGACGAUGACCUAGAAACGGAUCCCAGCGAUGAGGACUUUGAGUAUCCGCUGGCCAGCACCUCGAAGCGGCCGCAGAGUCUGCCCCCCAAGAAGCAGUUCGUGAAGCUGCACCAGGUGGAUCUGCUGAUGAAGAAGGCCGAUCUGCUGGACAAGGACUGGAUGAAGAACACUCGCCUGUGCCUGUGGCGCAAGGAUGUGCAGGCGAGCCUCUUGCAAAAGUUUCUCAGAGUCAAGUCGGAGCCCGGCGAGGAGCAGCUGCUAUUCACCUCCAGCUCGGUGUACUCCAGCUGGGAUGAGCAGCAGAUUGGCGACUACUUGGAGGUGAAGGCCAACUGCUUGGAUCCCAACAAUCGACGGUUCAAGCUGCACGAUCUGGAGGGCAUCAUGAAGGUAUCCGAGCAGCUGCUGGCGGAGCAGGAUAAGGAUGAUCCGGAUGAUGAUGAGGAGGAGGAGGCCGAGGACGAGCCGGAGCCCGAGCUAGAGCCAGAGUCAGAGCCAGUGCCAGAUCUCGACGAGGAGGAGGACGAGGAUGAAGAAGAAGCCGAGGACGAGGACGAUGGCCAAGAACAUACCGAUGAAACGGAUCCAUAAAUAACACAAAAUAAUCCUACUAAACAUACUACAGUAUAUACAUAGUAUAGCUCGGGAGAUUCUUAGCCGAGAUUAAUCGUAAACAGUUGGCCAAGUUAGUUGCCAGGCGUCUGUCUGGAGGCUGCAACUUUAAGACAAGUUUAAAUUUAAUUUAGUUAAUUAAUGGCAAGACAACCACAAAAAGAAAAGAAAUUUUAAAAAUA